AUGAAGAAUAUUCAUUUAGUUUUGAUUGGUCUGGCCAUCCAGAUUCUGGCCAGCUGCCACCUUGCCAGCGGGAUUGGAUUUGGCUCGUUACUCGCAUCGCAGUCCAGUUGCAAUGGAGUAAGCCAAGUUAAUAUCGUGGCCCACCAGGACGACGAUAUUUUGUUCAUUGACCCAGCCAUCACGGACGUAUUGAGAAGUGGCGGUUGUGUCACCACCAUCUUCAUGACUUCUGGUUCCUUCAAUGACUUUGCCUACAUGGAGACGCGUGAAUCGGCUUCGCUGGCGGCUUAUCAGGAGAUUCUCGGCAGCUCCAGCAGUUGGAUGUUGUACAUUAAUGAGCUGGUGGUCGGAGGCGGCACGGUUAGCAUCACGACCCGCAGGUCAAUCCUCAACCCAAAGCUCACCAUUGUUUAUAUGCGUUUGCCUCAGGGUAAUGUCCGUCCUACAGGCGCCGGUGACGCCCCACUUGCUGACAUGUUUGACCUCGGACAGACUGUCUCCAGCCUCUCGUACACCCAGUGCGUCGACGGACCAGCCAAUGACUACUCCAAGGCCACUACUGUCUCGACUUUGACCACCUUGAUCGACGGCUUUGGCGCGACCCAAGUCAAUACCCUGAAUCCUGACACUGUGCCCUACUUUGAGCAUCCCGACCACAUCUACGCCGCCCGUUUUGCUCGCCUGGCUCUUAGGGCCGUCACCGCCAACGUUCCUGUGGCCUACCACGAGACCUAUCCAAGUGCCACCACGUCUCCUAAUGUACUGCCCACAAAGCUCCAGACGAAGCGGGAUGUCAACGCUGCCUAUUUCAACAUCGACGGUGGAUACAUGUCUGCAGACGGAGCAACUUUUUCCGAAGCCACCUACAAUGGUCACUGGAUGGCAAGACGCAACUUCAAGACCGCGAUGGCUUACGACACUGCAGUAUCUUUUCCCAAAGCGCCCAUCGUGAAUAUGGAGACUCAACAGUGCAUCACUUCGAUGGGUCUGGGAGCGACGCCAGCCAUGGCUGGAUGCACCAAUGCUCCAAAUCAACUUUGGACAUUCAUCUCCUCGAGUGUUCAAGUUGGCCUUAGAGGAACUGCGCUGAUCCAAUCCUCGAAUGGAAACUGCCUGGCUGUCAGCAGUAAUGUUAUCUCUGAAAAGGCCUGUGAUGUAAAUGAUCAAUCCCAACUAUGGACACCAUGGAACUUUGGAAAGAUCUUUGGACCAGGAUCACAGACUUGUCUAGACACCGACAACACUGAUCUCCAGCUUGAGGCUGGUCUAGCCGGCGACGUUGUUGGCGAUGGAGGCAAUUACUUGGUCCAAGUGCAUCGCAGGACAGAUGGCCCCGGUGUCAAUGUAUGGGUAUCCAAAUUGGUUCCCAAUGCCAAUCCCAUAGCAAGCACCAAGUGGUACGAUGGCUCUUCCAAUUUGUUCAAUCCAGCAGUGUUCACUCCAUCAUGUGGCUCCGAUCCUUUCUGCUAUGACCAAAGUCGAUACUUGUUGGCGGACUUUACUGGCGAUGGCAAGGCCGACUUGAUGGUCAUGACGCCAGACGUUGUAAACCGUAGAAUUUACUUCUGGUUGUUGACCAGCUCUGAAAGUGGCUUUAAUACUCCAAUCCUUUAUGGAACUACUCCAACUCUCUUCGAUUAUGAUAAUGUUCAGCAAUUCCUGGUUGGAAGUUUCAGUGGCACCGGCAGAAUGGACAUAGUGAUCGCAUAUUCCCGUGGCGAUGGCGGACUUAACUUAUGGGUGAUGAGCAACUCUGGAACCGCACUGAACUCUCCCGUCUUGUGGGCUCAAGCAACUGGAAUCCUUCGUUCCUCAAAGCUGUUUACUUCCAAAGUCAACAAUGAUGCCUUUGCCGAUGUGAUUGUUGUCGAUUGGCCAGUCGAUGGACUCCGUAUAUCAACAUUCACUAGCAAUGGAAAUAGUUUCUCAGCCAAUUAUGGCGUCCAGGUCUAUAACCUAUUUGUCCAAAUCAGGUCUAAAGUGGUGGUUUCCAAGUCACUGGUCAAUGGCCUAACAGAUGUCUGGGUACUGCAUGCCAGAGCCGAUGGUCCCAACAUUAAUUUCUGGCAAGUCAGUAACAAUGGCGCUGGAGGAUUCAACUCACCGGCAAUGGUGCGCACCGAGACUACGCUCAGUUGGUCUGAUACUGUGCCCAUUGUAACUUCUGAUGGCAGCAAGAUGGUACUUCCCUAUCGAGUGAACAAUCCAAUCUCGGAGUAUGUGCUCGCAGUUGGACCAAUGGGAGUUAAAUCAGUCAGUCUCUCCCCAGCAGGCCUCCAAGCACCAAUAACUGUUUAUGGAGUGUCCAAUAUUUUCCUAUGGACAGAUUUGCAAUGGCGCCAGCGUCUCAACUAA